GUCUCUCCCUCCCCCUCAGGCCUCCUCAUCGUCCAGUUGGACCCGUAGUUUCUCGGUCCUCCCCCAGCUCCCCCGUCCUCCUCCCCCGUCACCCAGAGGCACUUGGGCCCCCCGGCCACCCCGGGCCCCCCCAGCAACAUCGUCACCAUCACCCACCACAAGUCUCCCGCUGCCGCCCGCCGUGCCCAGAACCAGCACCCCGGACGCCUGGCCGAGGUCAAAGAGGUGAUGAGCCAGGUGGAGGGCCAGCAGAAGACCCUGGUCCAGACCAUCGAGUCUCUGCCGUCCCGUGGCCCGCUGUCCUGCCUGGACCAGGACCUGCUGCUGCUCAAGGCCACCUCCGCCGCCACGCUGGGCUGCCUGGGGGAGUGCCUGAACAUCCUCCAGCAGAGCCAGCCCCAGGCCCAGCCCCAGGCCCAGCCCCAGGCCCAGCCCCAGGCCCAGCCCCAGCCCAGCCUCGCCCGCUGCCCCCCCUCCGAUGCUGCUCCUGUGUGGACUGUACCAAAGUCCCUGACGGGGGAGCCCCUGAAAAACGGAGGGCUGACUCCACUGCGCUCCAGCGACCCCUCCCUCAGGAACCAAAGUCUGUCCCAUGGUGCUGAGCAGCCCCCAGGCCUGGAGGACGUCAGCCCCAGUGAGGAGGGACAGACCUGGAGGAUAAUGAGGAGGAGGACCUGGGCGUCCUGGACCGACCAGCGCAGCAUCAUCCUCCACCUGCUGUCUCAGCUCAAGCUGGGCAUGGACCUCACCAGGGUUGUCCUCCCCACCUUCAUCCUGGAGAAGCGCUCGCUGCUGGAGAUGUAUGCCAACUUCAUGGCUCACCCGGACAUGUUCCUGUCCGUCACGGCGGGCACCUCGCCCGAGGACCGCAUCGUCCGCUUCGUGGAGUACUACCUGACGGCCUUCCACGAGGGCCGCAAGGGCGCCGUGGCCAAG